GGCAACAUGACAGUGUGGCUGAGGUUUGAGAAGCAGAAAGAUGGGACGGUGAUACAGCUGAGGAUACAGGAUCUGCCGCCGGAGAGGAUCGAGGAAGCCACGGAGCUCAUGGUCAAGUACUUCCUCAGGGAUGAGCCGGUUCGAAGAGCGCUAGAGUUUCUAAAAAAUCCAGAGGCAAUAGAGGAAUACAGAGUGUAUAUUGACAAAAUAUUGAGAUCCAGCCACAAUGUGAUGUGUUGCCUCGACAACGAUGACGACCAUCCCGUCAUAAUGGGCAUCUCCAUAGUCAACGUCGCCUCCUCAGCAUAUUGGGAACUGACUGCUGGUAAAGGAACACCAGAAGCGGUAAAAAUUAGCAAUAUGUAUUCCGACUGUAUCCAAGCAUGUGACGUCAUGAAGGUGUUCAACCUUACGUCUUACUAUUCCGACAAAUCUAUAUUAGUACUACCGGAAUACAGAGGACUCGGAAUAGCGGAAAAGUUUCUGAAAGUUAGACGGCUGAUGUGUGCAGCCCACGGCCUCCCCCUAACAGCAGGCUGGAUGACUGCUUCCGCCACCCAGAUCGCGGCCAAGCGCGACGGCUGGGAGACUAUACAUGAGAUCCCGUAUGACUUCUUCGCACGCAAGUACAACGUGACCUUCGAAAACAUUCCGCCCACGGUUAAACUCAUGGUGGGCAGGCCUGAUCCGGAUAACCCUGCUGCUAUUGAAUCCUAAUACAAUAAAAUGGUAUACGAAACCUCGCUUUCUUGGACUGCCACUCGUUAACGUUACCUUUGAAGCAAGGGAUGCUUGUCCUCAGAUACCUACGAGUACAUCUGUUAUUCCCGCCAGACGUGAACAGAUUUGUUCGCUAGAUAUAUCUCCCAGAUGGAUCUGAGUAAGACAAAUUAAAUACCCAUAUGAAUAGCUAUUCACUAUUAAGAUAAUGAUGGCCAGAUCGCGAUAAGAUUACAAACAUGGGUUUUUAACUUAACAGAAUUUAAAUUCAGUAUCUUACUGUAGGUGUGGUAGGCUAAGAUAUAAAUGUUAUAAUUACGGUCGAGACCAUCGCUAUGACAUUUAAUAGGUAUUAUGAUGUGUACUUAGAUUCUAACCUGUAACCCUCAGUAAAACAAUUAAGCAUGCCCGAGACACGAGCAUUAGUCAUACAAUAAUAAUUACGAAACAUCUUGUGUUAUUAUAUGAGUACUUGUUUACGGUUUACACUCCGGAUCUAUGGGUAAAUUGUAAGAAAUUAAUACAGAAUAGAAGACUAUACAACAAGGGAAUACCCAUAAAAUAAGCAUUUAUGUCCGACUUAUAUACUCUGCUUUUCAGUUCGAUUGCGAGGAAAUAUCAAAUAUAUAUUUAUUCAAGGCCGCGUGAGAGAGGAUCGCGCCAGCCGCCAGCUGCAGCAGUGACAGGUAGUAUUAAAGGUUUUGAACUUUAUUUGUAAGUCAAUGAUGGUCCUAAUAGAUGAUUUAACUUUAUGCAUUAGAACAUAAAAAGCAACUUUAUGCCGCUUACACGCGACUUAACUAAAAACCAAGUUUCCGAUCAUGAGAAGUGAAAAUGAUUUGGUUAACAUUAAAAAUUUCAUUCACCACACUCCAAAACAUCUUGAAAUAGGGCAAGUCAUGUGCACAUUUACUUCAUAAAGCUGGCUUCGAUGCAGUUCCCGUUAUUAAGAAGUAACUCGGCUCCGGCAAAAGCGCUAUCCGACAAAUUGCUAUUUUCCGGCCCUUUGUGGCCGAAACAAAGUGCAGGAGAUGCAUUUUCAGGGUUUUUAGCGGAAACUGAAGAAAUUUCAUGAUAUAUCGCUACAGGUCAAAGCGACGGAGAAAAAUAGGUGCAAUAAAAGGAAGAUUGAGCUGUAAAACUGUAAUGUAAGAAUUUAUUGGUUUGUGGGUUGCACAAACAACAUUUAUUAUUGUGGUUAUCGUGAAAAAUAGGGUAAACAUAUUUGUCGAUCUAAAUUUAUAGGUUCUAUAUUUGGCAGCUGUGACAUCACACGUAUUAUGUAAUAGUAGCUGUAUUACGAAGUUUAUUAAUUAGACGAAAUUUCUUUGGAAAUAUGACGUCUGUUGUGACACUUCCACACUUUCUCAUGUCAAAGCCGGUGCAGAAUUAGCUUAGACGGAUUCUAAACAUUCAAAGAUUUAAGUAAUUUAUCUAUUACUAUAAAUAUAUUAAUUCUUUUACACAUGCGACAUGUGUUAGUAUAUUCGCUGCAUCCCAUCUAAGGCACACGGUUAAGGCGGCAGGUUUGGCGGCAGAAAUAGCGGCCAAAAGUAAGCGCGCCAAGUACCUACUCUGAGUUGCAGGGGGCGUACGAUUUUGUGCCGGUUGCUGUCGAAACGGCCGGACCCUGGUGCAGCGAGGCGGGCGAAUUGUUCAGGGAACUGGGUCGGCGGCUGAGGGAGAGGGGUAACGACCUCCGUUCUGGCUCUUGGCUGGUCCAACAGGUCUCCAUCGCCAUACAGCGCAGCAACGCUGCAAGUAUGAUGGGGACUUUUGGACCGGGCAUAACACAGAACGGG